GAAUGAACCCCAAACCCCGCAACUUGCUCCAUCUUGACUGGAGAAGGGGACUGAGCACUGGAAAACGAAGCUGGCUUUAAAAGGGGGGAGGGGCUUCUCUCUAGCGUGGAAAGUGCCGCGACGGAUGCACUGGUGGCUUCCUCUUUAUCCCUGAGCGGAUGAAAACAAACAGCAGCGAUGGCGGCGGCGGCGACAGAAACUGCGGGUGACUGGAAGAGGCCAUGGCUGUGAGACAUCUCCGGCCCCAGCGUAGGUUCCAGCGAAGAGGCUGAGGACGUGGCUCUCCAAUACCGGAGCCCGACAGACGAGAGGCCCAGCCCAGGCCCAGGGGUCGGUGGCUCAGUCGCUUCACACCCUCGAAAGACCGCCACAGCCGAAUUCCCACUCGCGGGCCAGUAGUAGGAAAAUUUUCUCUCCUAUAGAGACGCCGGGAGUUGGGCCGUAUCUUGGGCUUUUACACCUGGGGCGGUAAGACAUCGGCGCUUGUUUCCUUCCCGUCCUUCUUUUCGUGGCUGGGAGAUCGUGCCCUCGAGCUUGCACUACUGGAAGGCUCGACCCCGAUCGGAUCUGAUCGCAAAUUCGCCGGCCUGAGCAGAGACGAGAGCCGGAGUGCCUUGAAGAGCAGUCUUCCCACUGGAGAAGUAUCCCACGUCGGUUACUGUGGUGACUUCUGAUAAACGAGGGCCUUUGUCCACCGACCCGGGGUGGAGAUAACAAGUACUUUCGUGAUCUAGGAACCGGGAAGCUCCACAGGAGGAAGAGGAGGCAUCUUCCAGCCCCCCAAGUCAAGGCGAGCAGUGAGGAUCUCUGGGAGGCCAACUGUGGACGUGGCCAUGCAGAGAGUUAGUCUUUAGCCUUUCGGCUUUCCCCGGAAUGAGACCCCUGCUCCUCUCCUCAGCCUUCCCCCUACAGGUUUCCAUAUGCAAUGGACACUGAUCUCAGUUCCCAGGACAGGAAGGACCUGGACAAGUUUAUCAAAUUUUUUGCUUUAAAGACUGUACAAGUGAUUGUCCAGGCCCGUCUUGGAGAGAAGAUCUGUACUCGAUCAUCAUCCUCGCCAACAGGCUCUGAUUGGUUCAACUUGGCAAUCAAAGACAUACCGGAAGUUACUCAUGAAGCAAAAAAAGCCCUGGCAGGACAGUUACCUGCUGUUGGGAGGUCAAUGUGUGUGGAAAUCUCUCUCAAAACCUCUGAGGGGGAUUCCAUGGAGCUGGAAAUUUGGUGUUUAGAAAUGAAUGAGAAGUGUGAUAAAGAAAUCAAAGUUUCCUACACUGUAUAUAACAGGCUAUCUCUGUUGCUGAAGUCUUUACUUGCCAUAACCAGGGUGACACCUGCCUACAGACUGUCAAGGAAACAGGGUCAUGAAUAUGUAAUACUGUACAGGAUAUACUUCGGAGAAGUCCAGCUGAGUGGCCUAGGAGAAGGAUUUCAGACAGUCCGUGUUGGAACAGUGGGUACUCCAUUGGGCACCAUCACGUUGUCUUGUGCCUACAGAAUCAACUUAGCCUUCAUGUCCACGAGGCAGUUUGAGAGGACCCCACCUAUCAUGGGGAUUAUCAUUGAUCACUUUGUGGACCGUCCCUAUCCCAGCUCCUCACCCAUGCACCCCUGCAAUUACAGAACAGGUGGCGAGGAAGCCACAGCAGCAUACCCAUCAGUAGAAGACUCUCAAGAAGUCUGCACCACCUCUUUCUCUACUUCUCCUCCAUCCCAGUGUGUUUUUACUGUUACUAAAGCACAUAUUCAGACCCCUUCUCCUUUGGUGGUGGAUACCUUGAAGGGCCCUAUGAUGGGGCUGGCUUUUUCACAUCAACUCUCCAGUUCUCGUCUUUCUUAUCAGCCUGCAGCCCUGGGAGUUGGAUCCGCUGACCUGGGCUACCCAGUAGCCUUUGCUGGUGGCUUGAGUGCGGCACAUCCCCACCAGUUGAUUGUUCCAGGGAAGGAGGGUGGAGUGCCCCUGAUUCCCAACCAGCCAGUUCAUGGCACUCAGGCUGAUCAUGAGAGAAUGGUUACAUGCACCCCAUUGGAUGGGGGCCACUACUCUGCAGUUACUCCCUCUAGUAGUCUCUUGGAGGCCAUCUUUGUCAGGAAGGUGGGAGCCUUCGUCAACAAACCUAUCAACCAGGUGACCAUGGCCAGUUUGGACAUUCCUUUUGCUAUGUUUGCUCCCAAGAAUAUUGAGCUGGAAGAUAAUGACCCCAUGGUGAAUCCUCCUGAUUCCCCAGAAUUUGAGUCUCCCCUUCAAGGCAGUCUACAUUCGGUGGGCUCCAGCAGUAGCAGUGGUGGGAACAUCCAUGAUGAUUUUGUUAUGGUUGAUUUUAAACCAGCAUUUUCUAAAGAUGACAUUCUUCCAAUGGACCUGGGGACAUUUUACCGUGAAUUUCAGAAUCCACCUCAACUUAGCAGCCUCUCAAUUGACAUUGGGGCUCAAUCCAUGGCAGAAGAUCUGGACUCACUGCCAGAGAAACUGGCUGUCCAUGAGAAAAAUGUCAAAGAGUUUGAUGCCUUUGUAGAGACUUUACAGUAAAGCUGCCCCUC